UGACCCAAUCUUGUCGCUUCCAACUAGUUCUUGAUUCCUUUUGUUGCAGACGUGCAUGCCUUUAUACAAAGAACCCUAAUUGCUCGAUCGCCUCCUGCUAAUCUCUGCCAAUCUAGCUAGCUUGCUCCAUCGACCUCCGUUUCAUAUAGGUCUCGUUGCUGCAUCGAUCGUAGCUUUGAAUUCGAGCUGUCGAUUACACCAGCUAAAUUAGACGAUGGCAAGCUCUAGCUCGCCGGGAGGUGCAAGCUCGAGCUCUCCUGGCGACAAGGUCAAGCUGGUGACCGUGCUGAGCAUCGACGGCGGCGGCGUCAGGGGGAUCAUCCCGGCCACCGUCCUCGCCUUCCUCGAGAAAAAGCUCCAGGAGGUGGAUGAGAAUCCGGAUGCGAGGAUCGCGGACUACUUCGACGUCGUCGCCGGCACGAGCACCGGCGGCCUCCUGACGGCGAUGCUCACCGCGCCGGACAAGAGCAGCGGCCGGCCGCUGUUCGCCGCCAAGGACUUGGCGAAGUUCUACGUCGACAACUCGCCCAAUAUCUUCCCACAGAAGAACUGGGUGCUGUCCAAGAUCGCCGGCACGCUGAGGAUGGUGAGUGGCCCAAAGUACGACGGCAAGUACCUCCAUUCCAUUCUUCGCGAGAAGCUCGGCGACACGAGGUUGAGCGACACGCUGACGAACGUGGUUAUUCCGACCUUCGACAUCGCUAACCUGCAACCAACCAUAUUCUCCAAAUUCGAGUUGAAGUACAAACCACUGAAGAAUGCUCUGUUGUCGGACAUUUCGAUCGGCACCUCCGCCGCUCCGACCUUCUUCCCGGCGCACUACUUCGAGACCAAAGACGACAGGGGCCAGACGAGGGAGUUCAACCUCGUCGAUGGCGGCCUCGCCGCCAACAACCCGACGCUGUGUGCAAUGAGCCAAGUGUCCAAGUACAUAACCCUGGAGAAGGACAAGGACAGCGACUACGACUUCUUCCCGGUGAAGCCGGCAGAGUAUGGCAAGUUCUUGGUGAUCUCCAUCGGCUGCGGAUCGAAUCACGAUGAGAAGUACAGCGCCAAGGAGGCUGCCAAGUGGGGCGUCUUCAACUGGCUCGUCAAGGGUGGCUCAGCUCCCAUCAUCGACAUGCUCACUACUGCUAGUGCCAACAUGGUUGACAUCCACCUCUGUGUCCUAUUCAGCGCUCUUCACUCCGAAGAGAACUAUCUGCGCAUUCAGUAUGAUCAGCUGAAGGGCAGUGCAGGCUCGAUCGACGACAGCUCGAAGGAGAACCUGGACAACUUGGUGAGGAUCGGGGAGGAGCUUCUCAAGAAGAACGUGUCACGGGUUGACCUAGAGACCGGCCGCUACGUGGACGUUCCCGGCGAGGGCACCAACGAGCAGCAGCUCACCAAGCUGGCGAAGCUGCUCUCCGACGAGCGCCGCCGCCGCCAAAACGAGCUUCCCAAGAAUUGAUAGAGAGAAAAAAAGGAGUGAUUUUUACUGUCAUUGGCUCCAGAAAAACCGUCCAUGGCGUAAAAAUUAAUCUCUUUGAAUUAAACUAAGUCGGUUAUUUGGUGACGGUUUGGUCUCAGCUGUGUUGGGUGGUUGAUUACUCCAUUUGAAGCAUGUUUCUUGAUUUCGUUUUCCUUUUUUCCAUUCAUGUUUCAUGCUGUACACAUGCUUGAUGUUGUACAUAUGUAUCGAUCAUUGGUAUAAUUCCACUGGAGUAUGGAGCAAGGGUACGUUCCAGAAGAACGUUUCAAGUGUUGUUUUAAUUUGCCAUUGGUGCAUGUACACAGCAUUUAGUGUAUUGCAUUGGUUUGUCCGUUAUCGAUGAUUUGUAUAAGGAGAAAAGGUACAAAA